AUGACAUCCUUUCAAGAAGUUCCAUUGCAGACUUCCAACUUUGCCCAUGUCAUCUUUCAAAAUGUGGCCAAGAGUUAUCUUCCUAAUGCACACUUAGAAUGUCAUUAUACUUUAACUCCAUAUAUCCAUCCACAUCCAAAAGAUUGGGUUGGUAUAUUCAAGGUUGGAUGGAGUACUGCUCGUGAUUAUUACACGUUUUUAUGGUCCCCUAUGCCUGAACAUUAUGUAGAAGGAUCAACAGUCAAUUGUGUGUUAGCAUUUCAAGGAUAUUACCUUCCAAAUGAUGAUGGAGAGUUUUAUCAGUUCUGUUAUGUUACCCAUAAGGGUGAAAUUCGUGGAGCAAGUACACCUUUUCAGUUUCGAGCUGUUUCUCCAGUUGAAGAGCUGCUCACUAUGGAAGAUGAAGGAAAUUCUGAUAUGUUGGUGGUGACCACAAAAGCUGGCCUUCUUGAGUUGAAAAUUGAGAAAACCAUGAAAGAAAAAGAAGAACUGUUAAAAUUAAUUGCUGUUCUGGAAAAGGAAACAACACAACUUCGAGAACAAGUUGGAAGAAUGGAAAGAGAACUUAACCAUGAGAAAGAAAGAUGUGAUCAGUUGCAAGCAGAGCAAAAGGCUCUUACUGAAGUCUCACAAAGUUUAAAAAUGGAAAAUGAAGAAUUUAAGAAGAGAUACAGUGAUGCUACGUCCAAGGCUCUCCAGCUUGAGGAAGAUAUUGUGUCAGUGACUCACAAAGCAAUUGAAAAAGAAACUGAAUUAGACAGUUUAAAGGACAGACUCAAAAAGGCACAGUGUGAAAGAGAACAACUUGAAUGUCAGUUGAAGACAGAAAAGGAUGAGAAGGAACUUUAUAAGGUACAUUUGAAGAAUACAGAAAUAGAAAAUACCAAGCUUGUGUCAGAGGUCCAGACUUUAAAGAAUUUAGAUGGGAACAAAGAAAACAUGAUUACUCAUUUCAAAGAAGAGAUUAGCAGACUACAGUUCUCUUUGGCUGAAAAGGAGAAUCUGCAAAGGACCUUCUUGCUUACAACCUCAAGUAAGGAAGAUACAUUGAUUUUAAAGGAGCAACUUCGUAAAGCCGAAGAACAGAUUCAGGCAACUCGGCAAGAAGUUGUCUUUCUGGCUAAAGAACUUAGUGAUGCUGUAAAUGUGCGGGAUAAAACAAUGGCAGAUCUGCAUACUGCACGCUUGGAAAAUGAGAAAGUAAAAAAGCAGUUAACUGAUGCACUGGCAGAGCUUAAACUAAGUGCUGUGAAUAAAGAUCAGGAAAAGACUGACACACUGGAACAUGAACUGAGAAGAGAAGUUGAGGAUCUGAAACUUCGUCUUCAGAUGGCAGCAGAUCAUUAUAAAGAGAAAUUCAAGGAAUGCCAAAGGCUCCAAAAACAAAUAAAUAAACUUUCAGACCAAUCGGCUAAUAGCAAUAGUGUCUGCACAAAGAAAAUUGGGAGUCAGCAGAAAGUGAAUGAUGCCUCAAUAAACACAGACCCAGCUACGACUGCCUCUACUCUGGAUGUAAAGUCACCGCCUUCUACAGCUGAGACAGAUUUUGACACACUAACUAAGGGACAAGUCUCUGAAAUGACCAAAGAAAUUGCUGACAAAACAGAAAAAUAUAAUAAAUGUAAACAACUCUUGCAGGAUGAGAAAACAAAGUGCAAUAAAUACGCUGAUGAACUUGCAAAAAUGGAGCUGAAAUGGAAAGAACAAGUGAAAAUUGCUGAAAACAUAAAACUAGAACUAGGUGAAGUAGUGGACAAUUACAAACUUCAGUUGGCAGAGAAAGAAAAAGAGAUAAGUGGCCUAACUUCAUAUUGGGAAAACCUCUCCAGGGAGAAGGAACAUAAAAGGAGUGUAGAAAAUCAAGCAGAAAGGAAAUUGGAAGGUCAGAAUUCCCAAAGUCCUCAUCAGAUCUCACAGUGUCUCAAAACAAGCUUAGAGAAAAGUGGUCAUGUUCCUGCAGUGCCAAAUACACAACCAGUUCUGCAGUAUGGUAAUCCUUAUGCAACACCAGAAACAAGAGAUGGAGCAGAUGGUGCUUUUUACCCAGAUGAAAUCCAAAGGCCACCUGUGAGAGUACCCUCUUGGGGACUGGAGGAUAAUGUUGUUUGCAGCCAGCCUGCUCGAAACCUAAGCCGCCCUGAUGGUUUAGAAGACCCUGAGGAUAGUAAAGAAGAUGAGAAAGUGCCCACUGCUCCUGAUCCUCCAAGUCAGCAUUUACGUGGGCAUGGAACAGGCUUUUGCUUUGAUCCCAGCUUUGAUGUUCAGAAGAAAUGUCCACUCUGUGAAUUAAUGUUCCCUCCUAACUAUGAUCAGAGCAAAUUCGAAGAACAUGUUGAAAGUCACUGGAAGGUGUGCCCAAUGUGCAGCGAGCAGUUCCCUCCUGACUAUGACCAGCAGGUGUUUGAAAGGCAUGUACAGACCCAUUUUGAUCAGAAUGUUUUAAAUUUUGAUUAG